GUUGAAGAAGAGGACGUGGAGUCGUCUGCAUUCGGUAAGCAUUAUGUCCCAGAAGACGACGUUUUUGUAUCCCCCGACUGGACUCCCCACGAGGAAAAAUACCUGCCUUGUUUGGACAGAAGAUGUGUCUGUCCGUACUUCAACGGAACUAUUAACAAGGACGACUGCGUCCUUUCGGAUGGGAAAAUCUUAGGAAAAGCGCAUCGUCAGGAAAUUCGAACUCUGGACGACGAGAAAAGGAAGCAGUUUGAGAAGGCUCUCAACUGGAUGAAGGUGAGUGGCCUGUACAACAGAAUCGCUCGGGUCCACAAGUACUCGGGAGUCCAUUCAGGACCUGCGUUCACUCUUUGGCAUCGGGAAUAUCUGAAAAGGUUUGAGCUUGUGAUCAGGCACUACCUACCUGAUCCCAAUAUGGGUGUUCCUUAUUGGGACAGCACACUUGACGCCGAACUUCCCGAACCAUCGGAUUCUAUGAUUUUCACCGACACGUUCUUGGGCGAAGCCAAUGACGAUGGCUUCGUGGUAACAGGGCCAUAUGCGAACUGGACCACAAUGGAGGGACGUGCGAGCAUCCUUCGCGAGAUUGCAUUGAAUGAAGCCGGUGAGCUGCUGAACAACGCCCGUGUCGACUGGAUUGUGAACAAUCCCGAUAUCAAUAUGGUGCUCGGGGCAACAAUGCCGCUCACGACCUGCCCGAUCGAUUUAUCGCUGGACUCAAGGAUGCUUGAAUAUUCGCACGACUAUGUGCAUUUCUACAUCGGAGGUGACAUGGGAAAGUCACAUUCCUCAUCCAAUGAUGUCGUCUUCCUCUAUCAUCACUCAAUGAUCGAUUUAAUCUUCGAAGGGUGGAGGCAGAAAAUGCAGAGCCGGACUGAACGCGAGAGGGAUUACCCGCCAAGUGAUGAACGAUGCUUCCCACCGUGGCACAAUAUUGACAGCAUCAUGCCAAUGCUUCACCCGUUGACCAAUCGUGAAGCGCUUUCUAAUGGCUACACAGACGAGAUGUACGAAUUCGCUCCAAGACCCACCUGCACGCGAACUCGUCCGAACUGCGGAUCCAAGUAA